AUGACAACAUCAUCUUCUUCUAAGCCAACGUCUCUUGAUAUUGGCAGGCACAAUACAUUGGAAAAUGUUACGAAUAUUCAUUCUAUUGAUUCAGAUGGGUCUUGUUUGAUGAAAAGAACUCUUGAAGUUCAGAAACAAAACAAGGAAAUUUCAUGGAUAUCACCGUUUUUGGAUGAAUCAGUUAAAUUUUUUAAGAAUUCGUGUUUUGAUGAUCAAAGAGGGGAUAAAUUACAUCUUUCAAGGACAUCGCCAAUAUUAACAUCAGAAGAAAAAGGUAUAUCAGAAGUUGGAUACUCUUCAUCGGAAGGAACACAAAGAUUUAGGAGAGAAAGGGCAGAAACUAUGCCGGUAGAUACAUUGGGAGGCUAUGAAUCAUCGUAUUCUGUUUCUUUAAAGGCCAAAGAUUUUAAAAUGACAAUGGAAUCAUCAGUUGUACCAUCUAUUGCGAAUUCUCGGUUUAGAUCAGGAUCUUUAACGCUUUAUGAUAGAAAUAUGUAUACAUCUGGCUUUGAUCCUUUUGUUUUUUCUUUGGAUUGGAAACAAAUUUUAGACUGUCAAAAUAAAAUAUCAAAUACGUCUUCUAUUUCGUCUAAAGAUGAAGAAGGACAAGGUCCUAUAAAGACACUUGAUUAUUUGGGGCUUGCUGAUUCAUCAACUCCAAUAGUGAUGUCAGAAUCGUUUAAAUCAUGUGAUUCUGUUUCUGAAAAACAAAAUAAUAAAAUAUGUAUGUCUAAUAUCAAUUCAUUAAAGAAUGAUUCGAAUAGGAUUCGAUCAUGUUCAGUUUCUGGUAGUAAGAUAUAUGAAAAAGGCUAUGAUUCUUCUUUGGAUGUUAAUCAAGAAAAUUUACCGUCUAAAAGUAUUGAUUAUUCUGAUUCAUAUGAUACAUUAUAUCAAAAUCAUUCUGAUUUGUAUUUACGACCAAGAGCGAGAACAACUGGUGUUAUUAAUUUUUCCUUGAAUCAUAUGGAUAACCAGGGUUUGAAUUCUCAGCCUUAUGUUCAUGAAUCUCCUAUUUCUGAUAAUAAUAUCCCGAAUAAUAUUGCAUCUAGUUCUUAUGAUAAUAUAAAUGAAAGUGAAUAUGGUUAUAUUAUGUCAUUUCCGACACGUUCACUUUGGAUAAUUAAUUUGCCUUUAACGGCUUCUAAUUCUUCUUUGACUGCACUCUUUUCUCAAUUUGGAAUGGUAGAAAGUAUUUGGAUAUUAGCUGACAAGAAAUAUGGUUUUGUAAACUAUAAUACGUUGGAAAGUGCUAUACAGGCAAAGAAUUCUCUUGAUGGAAAAGAAUUGUUUCCUGGAAAUGAUCUUAUAAGAGUGGAAUAUAUAAAGACUUUGAAAAAUCCGAUGAAUAUGCAAAUCUCCAAUACUUAUCCCUAUAGACCUAAAAUUUCUGAAUAUAAGUCAGAAUGUUUUUUUUCUCCUGUUUUUUCAAGACCUGGUGAUUUAAAGUCUUUGGUGACAGAAAUAGCUAUGAAUUAUGCUGCUACACAAGAAGAAGCUGACAAAAUAUGGGGGGACAUUCAAAACAUAGGAAAGGUUAGGGAUUAUGCUUUUGAGAUUCCACCUGUUCCUGAGCCAUCACUUAAUCGACAAUUUCAUGGCUCAAGGCUAAAGGAAAUUAGAAAGAAAUUUGAUAAUUCAGGAUACACACAAAAAGAAAUUGAAGAUAUGGCAAACGAUAUGAUUGAUGAAGUUUCUGAACUUUCAAGUGAUUAUCUCGGCAAUACAAUAAUUCAGAAACUAUUUGAGCAUUGUUCUGAAGAAAUGAAGGAAAAAUUGUUAAAAAGAAUUGCCCCGCAUUUAUCAGGAUUAGGCAUUCAUAAAAAUGGAACAUGGGCUGCGCAAAAAAUAAUUGAUUUAGCAAAAACAGAAACACAGAUUAAUGAUAUUAUUACGCAUAUUUCCCCGUAUAUACCAUUAUUAUUUUUAGAUCAAUUUGGAAAUUAUGUUGUACAAUGUUGUUUGAAAUUUGAAGCACCUAUGAAUAAUUUUAUUAUUGAAAUAAUGGCUGAUCGAUGCUGGGAUAUUUCUCAAGGUCGUUUUGGAGCAAGAGCAAUGAGAGCAUGUUUAGAGAGUAACUAUGUUACAAAGGAACAACAACGUUAUCUUGCUGUUAUUAUAACAUUAGAAAGUCAUCGCCUAGCGACAAAUCCUAAUGGUUUAAUCUUACUUACAUGGUUAUUGGAUUCUUCUGCUUUUCCAAAUAGAUAUAAAAUGCUUGCAUUGCAAUUUGUCCAUCAUAUUGUUUACUUAUGCACACAUAAAUUAGCGUCUUCUAUAAUUUUGAGAAUCAUUAAUCAGAAAAUGGAUUCUGAUGCCCGCAAAAUUCUUUUGAAUACUCUUUUUUUUUCUCAAAAUGGACAAAUAUUGGAUGAAGUUUUAUCAGAAGAACAUUAUGGUGUAGAUACUAUUUUUAGAAUUUUCACUGUAGCAUAUUUGGAAGAUGAUCUUCGUGAAAAUAUUUCUAUUGCUUUGAAAAAGGCUUUUUCUCAAUUAAAGAUUGUUCCCGGACAACAAUACAAAACUUUGAUGGAUGAAAUUGGUUUGAAUCAUAAUUCUUUAAAUUUAGUAUCAAAGAAUCCUGAUCUUUCAAAAAUCUAUCAUUCAAAAAAAGAUAAGAAAUAUGAUUCUUCCAUGCCAUAUUCUGAAUUUAAAAAUAUUCAGUUGCAUGGAUCUGCUUCAUUAUUUCCUCGACCUUUUUUUUCAGAUUAUUAUAAAAGUUUGAACACUGCUAACAAUAAUCUAUAUCCAUUACAUUAUCACACUAUUUCUCAACAAAAAAUGAAUUUACAACAUUAUGAUAUGUCUUAUAUUCAACAAUCCGAAAUUCCUCAUCAUUCUUUUUCUUAUAUUAAUUCAUUUUAUAAUGAACAAUAUAUACCGAAUGGAUAUUCAUGUUCAUUACCUUUGUCUCUUUUUAAUUUUAAUUCUCAUAGAAAUCAGUGAUAAUAUAAUCAAAUUA